UGUUUGACUGGAGUUUGAGCCUGGCCCAGCACCAUCAAACAAUUAGUGUAGCUGUAGCCGGUGCCACAGACAAGAAGUGUGGCCACAGCUGGUACCACCAGUGAAUCAGAACAAACCAGCACCAUCAAACAAUUAGUGUAGCUGUAGCCGGUGCUGGGAUGAAAGAACGAGUGAGUGUAGCUGUGGUUGGAGCCGGAGCAGCUGGUCUUUGUGCUCUGAGACACCUGGCACUGCCAGGUGUGUCAUCCGUGAACUUGACGGCCACAUGUUUUGAGCAGUCGCCCAGAGUGGGUGGGACAUGGUACUACACUGAAGACAUUGGCACUGACAAGUAUGGCCUCCCGGUACAUUCUAGCAUGUAUAAACACCUCAGGACCAAUCUGCCAGUUGAAUGCAUGGCUUUUCCAGACUAUCCCUUCCCUAAACAGCAGCCAUCUUUUGUUGAACACGAAGUGGUGCUGAAAUAUCUAGAGGACUACGCUCACAACUUUAACCUUACAAAGUACAUUAAGUUUUUGACCAAAGUCAAGAAAAUCAGACCUGUGUCAGACGAGGGGAGUAAGUUCAAGGUCAACUGGGAGGUGACCACAUGCAGUGUUGCCAACCCAGGAGUGGAGCAGACGCAAACCUUUAAUGCUGUGCUGCUCUGUAAUGGGCACUAUGCCAAGCCCCUGGUGCCAGAUAUACCAGGUGUGAACAGUUUUCCUGGUCAAGUCACACACAGCCACGACUACAGAAGGACAGACGGCUGUGAUGGCAAAGUUGUGGUCAUCUUGGGUGCGGCCUCGUCUGGUAUUGACAUCUCUCUGGAAAUGUCUGCGGUGGCCAAACAGGUUUAUUUAAGCCAUAACAAGCCAACCCUGACAACCAAACUUCCAGACAACCUGCAUCAGAAACCUGGCAUAAAAAGGGUAGACAACUCCAUGAUAGAGUUUUUAGACGGCAGUUCUGUAGAGGCUGAUGUGUUGAUGUUCUGUACUGGCUACCAUUAUGACUACCACUUUCUGGACAAAGACUGUGGGAUUGUUGUCCAUGAAGAGCGGGUAACUCCGCUGUACAAACACCUGAUUAGCAGCAAGUACCCUAGCCUGGGGAUUGUUGGGAUAUGUAAGCAGAUUGUACCCUUCCCCAUGUUUGAUGUGCAAGUCAGGUUUUUCAGGUCAGUGCUUGAUGGGACGUGUGUGCUGCCCAGCGAGGCGGACAUGAACGCUGACACAGAGCAGGACUUCCAGCUCCGCCUGACCUCCGGCCUUCCACAGCGCCACGCCCACUUGAUGGGGGACAGACAGUUUGAGUACAACGACCAGCUUGCCAGGAUGGCCAACACCCAGCCCUUGUCUGGCCACUACAAGCAGCUCUACCUGGCCACACACCUGCUCAGGCUGGACAACGUCAUGGAGUAUAAAAAUAGAAACUUUAUUCUUGACCCAACAGAGGUCAGAGUUGUCAAGUAGGGCAAAGGUCAUGGAUACAUGCAGGGUUCCUUUCAUCAAAGGUCAUGGAUACAUGCAGGGUUCCUUUCAUCAAUCACCAAAUAAAAAAAUUAUCUGAGAAAAAUUGAAAAUUUAGCUCAAGCUUUUAGGACUGUGCUAUCAUUUAGUGUCAGACAAGAACAUUAAAACAUUAGAGAUUUUAAUUAAUUUAAUAAAAUGAUAAAAGAUUGCACUAAUUCAAUGUUAACAAUUUGCACUUUCUACAAGCACAUUCUGUGUAUUCAACUUGUAACAU